UUCCCAACAUGUAUCUUGUCAGUUUGCUCAGCUCCUGCUGCCUCUUAGUGCUCCUGGGGACUCUGCCUACCCGGGCAGCCCAUGAGGAUCCUGUCGAGAAGGUCAUAGAAGGGUUCAGCCGAGGGCUGAGCAAUGCCGAGAGAGAGGUGGGCAAGGCCCUUGAAGGCAUCAAUAAUGGAAUCACUCAAGCUGGAAGAGAAGUGGAAAAAAUUUUUGGUGAACUCAGCAACAUGGGUAGCCAGGCUGGCAAGAACCUGGAACAUGGCUUGGACAAAGUAGCCCACGGCAUCAACAAUGGCAUCGGACACGCAGAAAAGGAAACAGAGAAGUUUGCCCAUGGGGUCAACCACGCCGCUGGACAGGUUGGGAAGGAGACAAACAAAAUCAUCCAUCAUGGGGUCCACCAGGGGGGCAGUGACGCAGGGAAGCUUGGCCAGGGGGCCCACCAUGCUUUUGGUCAGGGNGGGAAUGCGGCAGAGAGGUUUGGUCAGGGGGCCCACCAUGCUUUUGGUCAGGGCGGGAAUGCGGCAGAGAAGUUUGGCCAGGGGGCCCACCAUGCUUUUGGCCAGGGCGGGGAUGUGGCAGAGAAGUUUGGCCAGGGGGCCCACCAUGCUUUUGAUGAGGGUGGAAAUAUGGCAGAGAAGUUUGGCCAGGGGGCCCACCAUGCUUUUGGCCAGGGCGGGGAUGUGGCAGAGAAGCUUGGCCAGGGGGCCCACCAUGCUUUUGGUCAGGGCAGGGAUGUGGCAGAGAAGCUUGGCCAGGGGGCCCACCAUGCUUUCGGUCAGGAUGGGAGAGAAGGAGGCAAAAUGGUGCAAGGGGCUGAUCAAGGACUUAGCCAUGCUGCAAUGGAGGCACAGCAGUUUGGUCAUGGUCAUGGGCAUGGUUAUUAUGCUGCAGGGCAGACUUGGCAAGAAGGGGACAAAGUAAUGCAUCCUGGGGUCAGCCAGGCUGGGGAGGAGAUGGAGCAGUUUGGCCAGGGUGUCCACCAUACUAUUAAACAGGCUGAAAAGGAAGCAGAAAAAGUGGCCCAUGGGGUACAGAAUGGAGUCAACCAGGCCGGGAAGGAGACACAGAAAGUUGGCCAAGGGGUCCAGACUGGGUUCAACCAGGGUCAAAAGGAAGCAGAAAAAGUGGCCCACGGGGUCCAAACUGGGGUCAACCAGGCCGGGAAGGAGACACAGAAAGUUGGCCAAGGGGUCCAGACUGGGUUCAACCAGGGUCAAAAGGAAGCAGAAAAAGUGGCCCACGGGGUCCAAACUGGGGUCAACCAGGCCGGGAAGGAGACACAGAAAGUGGGCCAAGGGGUCCAAACUGGGGUCAACCAGGCCGGGAAGGAGACACAGAAAGUUGGCCAAGGGGUCAACUAUGCUGCCGGCCAGGCCGAGAAGGAAGCGGAGAAGCUUGGCCAAGGUGUCCACCAUGCUGCUGGCCAGGAAAUGAACAGGUUGCAGCAAGAUGUUCAUAAUGGGGUCAACCAACCCAGCAAGGAGGCCAACCAGCUGCUGAAUGGGUCUCAUCAAGGUCAAAGCGGAUACGGAGGCCAGCACGGAGGGGCCGCAACCACUACAGUAGUAUCUGGGGCCUCGGUCAACAAGCCAUUUAUCAACUUCCCAGCUCUUUGGAGGAGUAUCGCCGCCACCAUGCCCUAAACUGAUGCCCAGGCAACAGAACGCUCCUGUUGUCACACCAGCUGAACCAACCCAGAGGAGCAGGGGCUUGGGGAGAGCUUCCUGAGUGCCCUUGAGAGGGCUGCUUUGAGCUUUGUGAAUAAACUUGAACACACUCUCCC